AUCAUCGAGAAAAAUUUAGUCUUGGUGAGAAAUUCCUUCGGACACUGGAUUUAUUUUUCGUGAGUAAACGAACGAGGAAGUUUAUAAGUUCGUUUUCCUUUUACUAUAUCCGAGAUUAUGGAUUUAAUGUGAAGUGAAAAUAAUGCUUAUAAUAGGAAAUUUUUGGUUCAACAGCAGCUACCUGGAGGUGCUUUCAUGAGAAAUCAUCAAUGCCCUACAUUCUUCAGGAAAAUAAUUAACGAGAUGAAUACGCUCUGGCUCCCAGUGGCUCUGGUGGCGGCCCUUCUGUCCACUGCUGCAGGAGCUUCCUCAGAAUCCCCAAGGGCAGAUCCCUCCUACAAGGUGCUGGUGUUGGGUCCCAUCGGGAGUAGGAGCCUCUACUACCUGACGAAGUCCCUCUCGGAAGCCCUUGGCGACGCUGGGCACUCCGUCAUGCUCGUGUCUACUUUUGAACCCUCAUCCACCCAUCCGAACGUCACAGAAACCCCAACGGGAGCGCCCAUCGAGUAUCUGGAGGGCUUCAACAUCUUCGAGUACCGGGGAAUGUUCAGCAUCUUCAACUGGAUCGUGAAUGUCACCACCAACGUCGGAAGAACGAUGUGGCGGAACGCGGACAUCCGGAAGCUCUGGGAAAGAAGAAGAGAGUUCGACGCCAUCGUCAUCAUCAGCUACGUCAAUGAGAUAGCCCUCCCCUUCCUGCUGGACUUCGAGGGCGUCUACGUCGACUUGUGCACGCCCGGCGUGGAGAUCUUCACUAUUGCCAGGCAGGGGAACUGGCUCCCCCUGUCCGUCACGCCCUCAAUCCUGCUGUCCUUCGACGAGCACAUGACCUUCUGGGAGAGGCUAGUGAAUCCCUGGGUGGCGUGGGCCACCUACGAGCUCUACAUGCGCACAACCCUGCCGAUCAUCAGGAGCAUUGUGGAGGAGUUCUUCCCUCAGAUGCCAUCUAUACCCGAGCUCUAUGACAGCAGCCACUUGACUCUAAUUAAUGGACAUUUUGCCCUGGAUGGGCCUGUCCCUCUGCUGCCCACUCAGGUGGAAAUUGGAACUAUAAAUGCUAGGCCACCGAAGCCGUUGCCUAAUGACCUGGAAGAAUUUGCAAACUCCUCAGGCGAACAGGGUAUCCUGUACUUCAGUCUAGGCAGCAUUGCUAAAGCCAAGGACAUACCCCUUCAGAAUAAGGUUAGGUUUCUGUAUUCAGGUGCACUUAUUGCAAAGAGAGCCUAAAAAAAAAAAAAGGUUUGCCU